AGAUACAAAGAUCAAACCAGAAAUAUAUAAUGAACCAAAGCUGUCUGAGAAUACAACUAAUCUGGUUGAACAAAAUGAAGUCGGUUUAAAUGAAACACAAUCAAGUGUUCAUAAUGAGGUUGCCAUGGCCCUUGCCGCUACACUUAUUGAGACUGAUGGCAGGCAAAAGGAACCAGGAGCUUCCUCAAAAUUAGAUUAUUCUAUUGCAAUUAUAGAUCAAGAACAAAAGCAGACAGAAAUUCUGAUUGGUGAUGUUGAGGAAGAGAAGCGCCAAGAGGAAAUUCAACAACAACCUCAUCCUGCAGAUCAUAUGGAAGCUGUAGAAAUUGCACAAACUCUCUCAUUGGAUCAAGAUUCGGGGAAUGCAAUUGUAGCAGUUUAUAAUACCUCAAAACUUUUGCCAGCUGAUGAUGAUCAAUACCAGCAAUUGGCAAAAAAGAUAAUUCAGGAACCAAUGUCAGAUGCAAAUAAUGAACUCCUUGCACCAGAAGGCUCAUUUACACAGGAGGCUCACGAAACAUAUCUUACCGCUCCAAUUCCUGAAGAUGCUACAGAAGUCUCAGCAUUCGAGAUGAGUGCAAUGACUGAUGAAAAUACAUCUAAAACUAUUGAAACUAGGAACAACAAUGUUUUGCAGAGAAUGAGUAAUACUGCAUCUGAAUUGUUUCAACAGGCUCACACUGCCAUUACUGAAGUAGUCGAGAUGAACAUUGGAAAUGAGACAUGCAAUGUAAAAAAAGAAUCAGAACUUCAAGGUGUAAAGGAAGACAGCAGGGUGGAAAAAGAAAAGGAUGAAGCGGAGACAUUUCAAAGUGAAGAAAAGAAGCUCACUGAGGACAGCCUUCCACAAGCACCAAUGUUCUCAUCCAUAGAAAGCUGUGAAGCAUCUAAAAGCUCACUUCUAAUUGAACUCCCCUCAAAAGAAGACUCGGUGAAUAUAUUGCAAUCUCAAACAGAAGAUGAAGCUCAUCCUAAGGAGUUGGCAAAAGAACCAACUUUGUACGACAGAUCAAAUGCAGAGGCAGAGUUUAUGGUAGAAGCAAGUUCAUUAACUGAAGAGGUGAGGGAGGUUCAAGUGAUCCAACCAACAGUUGUUAACUCCACAUCAGGUAUCAACGAGACAGAAAUGGGAGAGGGAACAGCAAAUCUCAUCUCAAGUUUAGAAUUUCAGAUAGCAGAACACAUGCUGAUAUCACAAGAGGGGAAAGAUGAAGAGAUAAACCAGAUUAAAUACAUAAACAAAGAUGAUGGAGGCCUUAAACAAGCAUUAAAUUUAGAGAUUGCUGCAUCUCAGAAUGUGGACACAUCAGAGAAUGCCAAUAAAUUAUCUUCAAAUGAGAAGCAGUUAUUUCAUGUUCCAGAGGUAAAUGAACCUAUGCCAACUCAGGAAGAGGCUAGCACAUCCAUCUCACAGGAUCGGGUCAUAGUAAGUGAUGAUUUGACAUCAGAUGAGAUAGAUAAUAUUGAUCAUGCUUCUGUAACUGAAAAUUUUGAAUCUCCAGAUAAAAAAUUGAAUUGUGAGACAGAUAUUGACAGUGUAGAAGAAGUGCUUCAGACCAUGAAAGUAGCAACAGACAUUGAUCUCCAAGAGAUAAAUGAGAGUACAACUCAGCCAAUGCAACAUGGUGAAUCCACUGUCAAUGAGAACUCAUCAGUUCUUUGUGAUACGAACACUAUUACUGAUGGUGCUACAACAGUUGAAUGCAAAGAUGGAGAAGAGAUAAAUAAAAGUUCCCCAAGGUUUGAGCUUCCAAUUCAUACAGACAAGGAAGAUGGUUAUGUAGAAAAAAUGAUAGGACAAACAGAGGAGUGCCAAGUUCAAGAAAUGAAGCUCUACGAGAAUAACAUUCUAGAAGGAAGUAAGUUGGAAACUGCAGCUAGUUCUGAGAAUAUUAAAGUUGUCCAGACUCAACCAGAGGAGGAAGAGAAUAUUAAAUCACACAUACAAGCGAACAAUGCCCAAUCAGAGCAUUCAACUUCAGAUAAAAUUCAAACUGAUUCUACAAGAGAAAUGUUUCCACCAGCAACAGGUGAUGAAUCUCAAGGAAGGUCUGAAAGUGCAACAUAUAUAGUUCAAGAUAAUGAACCUAUUGGAACUGAGUAUUUAGCAAAUCAUCAAAAUGCAACUGCCAAAACACACAAUGCUGAAACAGCUGAAAGUACAAGUGGACACGAAGAAUCAGAAAGAUCUCCUUUCUUGGAGCAAUGGAUGACACAUGAGAAAGUUCUGGAACAAACGUCACAGCAUCUUCCUCCUGAUCUGGCACAACCUUUAGAGACGGUACAUAAAGCUUCCUUGGAUGAAGAAUCAUAUGGUCAGGUUCCACGGGCUCAAGAGAUCUCUGAAAUUGUGCCAUCUGAGGGAAGUGAACACCAGGAAGAAUCAACAAUUGUGGUCAAUGUUGCUGCAGUGAGUGAGAAGGAAACUGCAAAGACUCCUGAAUCACCGAGAGAUUUAAGCCUUUCAUUUGACAAGGAAGAAACCUCAAGCUUGCAUGAAACCAACAAAUUCAGUCUACUAGUUCCAAUUACAGAAGUUGAAGUAUCAAAAGCAGUUUCAACUUUUGAUACAGGUGCAAUGGCAGAUGAACACAACUCUCUGGUUUUAGAAACAAGGAGUGAUGAUUUACUAGGAACCAACACUGCACAUUCACCGGUUCAGCAGGAAGAAGCUACUUUAAAUGUGCAAAUGUCAUAUAUAAAAGAAUCAGUGGUUGUAGACAAUGUUGCUACAGGAAGUGAGAAGGAAACUGCAAAGACUCCUGAAUCACAAAAAGAUUUGAAGUUUUCAUUUGACAAGGAAGAUGACUCCAGCAUGCAUGAAACUACUAAAUCCAAUCUACUAUUUCCGAUUAGUGAAGUUGAAGUAUCACAUGCUGUCUCAGCAUUUGACACGGGUGCAAUUACAGAUAAGGACAGUUCUCCACCUAUAGACGCAGGGAGCAAUGACUUACUGAAAAUAUUCGACAAUUCACUUGCCUUAGUUCAGGACACUGAAGCUACUCUACAUGAGCAAAUGUCAUCUUUGGAAGAUCCCACGGCCAUGACCUAUGUUGCUGCAGGGAUUGAGAAGAAAACUGUAAGUGAGACUCCUGAACCAACAAAAGAUUUAUUGCCUUCACUUGAAAAGGAAGUAUCCUCAAGCUCACAUGAAGAUGAUAAAUCCAAUCUUGUAACUCCAAUUCCUCAAGGACAAGAAUUGGAAGCAGUUUCAGCCUUUGACACAGGUGCAGUGACAAAUGAGGAGAGUAUCUGCCUUUCAGUUACAAAAAUGGAGAAUAAUAAUUUGCAGGGUAUGACUGAUAAUGCACCUGCCCUAGUCCGGCAGGGUGAAAGUACUCUAAAUAAGCAAAUGUCAUCAACAGAAGACUCUGUAAUUGUGACCAAUGUUGUUACAGGGUUUGAGGAGGAAACUGUAAGCAAAAUCCCUGAGUCAACAAGAGGUUUAAAUAGUUCAUUUGAAAUGGAAGAAGCUUCAAGCUCAUAUACAACAGAUGGAUCUCAUCUUAUGGUUCAAGUUUUGGAAGUUGAAUCAUCAGAAGAUGCCUUGGCCUUUGACAUGGGUGCAAUGACAAAAAAUAAUAAUCCUCCAGUUAUAGAAUCAGGGAACGAUGAUAUAGCGAGGAUGAACAAUGCUGGAACUGCACUGUCUCAGCAAGCUGAAACUAUUCUACAUGAGCAAAAGUCAUCUGGGGAAAAUUCAGUAGCUGUGAGCCAUGUUGCUGCGGUUCCAGUUCCUAAAGUUGAAGAGUCAGAAGCAGUCUCAACCUUCAGCCAAGGUGCAACGACAAGGGAUAUUUAUCCAGCUAUAGAUACAGGGAAUAAUGAUUCAAUGGAAAUUCCAAUCACUGUUCCAGUCCUCAUUAAGCAAACUGAAGCUUCACAACAUGAGCAAAUGUCAUCUACAAAAGAUUCACUUUUUGUGACCCGUGAAGUUACAGGCAUUGUGAAGGAAGUUGCAAAUAUUACUACUGAAUCAUCCAGAGAUUUAAAGCUUUCGUUUGAUGAGGAGAAAACCUCACGUUCACUUGAAACUGAUGAAUACAAUAUUACCAUGCCAAUUCCUAAAGUUGAAGCAUCAGAAUCCAUCUCGGCUUUUGACACAGGUAAAAUGACAGACAAGGAGAGUUCUCUAGUUAUAGAAAGAGGCUAUAAUGAUUUACUGGAAGCAGAUGAGACUCUGCCCAUCCUGGUUCAGCAAGUUGAAGCUACUCUACAUGAGAAAACGUUAUCAAUAGAAGAUGCAGUGAUCAUGAACCAUUUUGCUGCAGGAAAAGGGGAAGCAACUGAAAGUGACACACUGGAAAAAGUGAAAGAUUUACAGCUUUCAAUUAAUGAGGAAGAAGUUGCAAGCUCACAUGAAACUGACAAGUCCAACCUUAUGGUUCAAAUUCAAGACACUCAAGCAACAGGAGCAAUCUCAGUUUUUUAUGCCAGUGCAAUCACUGACAAGAAUAAUUCUCCUGUAAUAGAAUCGGGGAAUUAUGACUUACAAGGAAUGACCAACACUACAACUAUCCUGGUUCAGCAAGCUGAACUCGCUUCACUACAGAAAAUGUCAUUUGAAGAAGAGGCAAUAGUUGUGACCCAUGUUUCUGCAAGGAUUGAGAAAAAAACUUCAAGUGACACUCCAGAAUCAACAAGAUGUUUACAGCUACCAUUUGAAGAGGAAGAUACCUCAAGCUCACAUGAAACUGAUGAAUUUGAACUUGUGUCACUUCCAGAUGACACAACACCAGGAGCAGACCCAACCUUUGACACAGGUGAAGGGGCAGAUAAGGACAGUUCUCCAGUUAUGGAAACAGGUAAUAACAAAUUACUCGUAAUGACCAACACUGUAGAUGACCUAGUCGUACAGACAGAAGCAGUUCACAGUGGACAAACAUCCUCUAUAGAUAACACAGUAGUUGUGACCCAGUUUGCUUCAGGGAUUGAAAAGGAAACUGCAUGCAAGACUCUUGAAUCAAUGGGAGAUUCACACAUUUCAUUUGAAGAGAAAGAAACUUCAAAUUCAUAUGACAUUGAUACAUCCCAUCUUCCUGUUCCAAUUCCACAAUUAGCAGAAUUGAAAGUUCCAGUCUUUGAUGCAGAUGCCAUGGCUGAUGAAAGAAUUUCUCCAAUUAUAGAAACCAGGAAUGAUGAUUCACAAAGAUUGACUGCUGAUUUACUGGUUCCUACCAACAACACACCUUGCCUAGAUCACCAGGUUGAAGCUACUCUACAUCAGAAAAUGUCAUCUAUAGUAGAAGUCCCAGUAGAUGAGACAAAUGUUUCUGCCCAGAUGUUGAAGGAAACUAUAACUGAGACUACUGAAUCAACAAGAGAUUUACAACUUCCAUUUAACGGGAAAGACAGCUUGUGUGAAAUAGACAAAUCCAAUCCUGGGAUCACAAUUACAGAAGCUGAAGCAUCAGAAGAAACCUCAGACUUUGACACAGUUGCAAUGACAGACAAAAACAUUUUUCCUGUUACAGAAUCAGAAAAUAAUGAUUCACUAGGAAUGACUCACACCAAGACUGGUCUGGUACAGCAGGAUGGAGAUGCUCUACUUGGGCAAAUGUCACAUGUAGAAGACUCAAAGGUUGUGACCCAGGUUUCUGCAGAGAUUGCUAAGGAAACUUCAAGUGAGAUUCUCCAAUCAACAAGAGACUUACAACUCCUAAUUGAAGACAAAGAAACCUCAAGUUUGCAGGGAAAUGAAAAAUCCAGUCUAAUGGCUCAAAUUCCAGAAGUUGAAGAGGAAGAAGCCUCCAGAUCACAUGAAAAUGAUAAAUCCAAUCUUACAGUUCCAAUUCUAGAAGUUGAAGAGGAAGAUGCCUCAAGCUCAAGUGAAACUAAUAUAUCCAAUCUUACAAUUCCAAUUCCAGAAGAUGUCUCAAUUUUACACAUGGGUGCAGACGCCACUGAGGAUGGUUCUCUAGUUAGGAAAACAGAGAAUAGCAAAUUAGGGGGAGACACCAACACUGUGCCUGCCCUGGUUCCACAGACAGAAGCUACUCUAACUGGGCAGAUGUCAUCAACAGAUAACUCAGUAGUUGUAACCCAAGUUGCUACAGGGGUUCAAAAGGAAACUGCAAAUGAGACUCCUGAAUCAAUUGGAGAUUUACAUCAUCCGUUUGAAGAGGAAGAAGACUCAAACUCAUAUGAUAUUGAUAAAUUCAAUCUUGCAGUUUCAAUUCUGGAAGUAGAAGCAACAGAAUCAGCUUCCGCCAUUGUCACAGAUGCCAUAACUGAUAAUGAAAAUUCUCCAGAUAAACAAACCAGGAAUGAUGAUUCACUAGGACUUACUGAUAAUUUACAGGUUUUGACCAAUAUCAAGCCUGUCCUGGUUCAGCAGACUGACGACAUUAUAAAUGAGCAAAUAUUGUCUAUAAAAGACUCAGCAGUAGAGGAAAAUAAUGCUGCAAGGACUGAGAAGGAAACCAUGAGUGAGACUAUUGAAUCAACAGGAGAUUUAAAAUUUUCAUUUGAAAAGAAAGAAAGCUUGCAUGAAAUUGAUAAAUCCAAUAUUACAAUUCCAAUUCCAGAAGUCAAAGAAUCAGAGCCAGCCCCAGCCUUUGAAAUUGUUGCAGUGACAGACAAAAUCAUUAUUCCUGCCAUACAAUCAGAAAAUAAUGAUUUACUGGGAAUGACCAACACCAAGACUGCCCUGGUUCAGCAAAUUGGAGGUAGUCUCCUCGAGCAAAUGACAUAUGUAGAAGAAUCAAUGGUUGUGACCCAAGUUUCUGCAGGGAUUGUGAAGGAAACUUCAAGUGAGACUCUUGAAUCAACAAGAGAUUUACGACUUUCAGCUGAGGAGAAAGAAGCCUCAAGCUUGCAAGAAUCUGACAAAUCAAGUCAAAUGUUUCAAAUUCAACAAGCUGAAGAGGAAGAUGCCUCAAGUUCAUAUAAAUCUGAACUUAUGACUCCAAUUCCAGAAGCAAUCUCAACGUUUGACAUGGGUUCAGAGGCAGAUAAGGACAGAUCUCCAACUAUGGAAAUUGGGAGUGACAAAUUAAAGAGGGUGACCAACACUGUGCCUGCCCUGGUCGCACAGGCAGAAGUUACUCUCAAUGAAGAUACCUCAGCCAUAGAUAACUUAAUAGUUGUGACCCAAGUUACUACAGGGAUUGAUGAGGUUACUGCAAAUGAGACUCACCAAUCAGGGGGAGAUUUACAGCUUCCAUUUAAAGAGGAAGAAACCUCAAACUUGUAUGAAAUUGAUAAAUCCAAUCUUGCAGUUCUGAUCCCAGAAUUAGAAGCAACAGAAGCUGUUUCAGCCUUCGACACUGGUGACAUGACUCGUGAAGAAAGUUCGCCAGCUACAGAAACCAGCAGUCAUGAUUCACCGGAAUUGACUAACGAUUUACUGGUUCUGACCAAUAUUGAACCUGACCUGGUUCAGCAGACUAAAGCUACUCUACAUGAGCAAAUGUCUACUAUAAAAGUACCAGUAGUUGAGAUGCAAGAUGCUGCAGCAAAUGAGAAGGAAACUGUGGGUGAGAUUCCUGAAUCAACAGGAGAUUUACAGCCUUCACUUGGAGAGAAAGAAAGUGUAUGUGGAAUUGAUAAAUCCAAUAUUACAGUUCUACUUUCAGAAGUUGAAGAAUCAGUGGCAGCCACAGCCAUUGAAACUGAUGCAGUGACAGACAAAACCAUUAUUCCUGUUAUACAAUCAGAGAAUAAUGAUUUAGUGAGAAUGACCAACACUGAAACUGCCUUGGUUCAACAGAAUGGAGCAACUCUUAUAGAGCAAAUGUCAUGUGUAGAAGACCCAACGGUCAUGACCCAAGUCUCUGCAGGGAUUGGGAAGGAAACUUCAAGUAAAAAUAUUGAAUCAACAAAAGAUUUACAGCUUUCAGCCAAAGAGAAAGAAAGCUUGAGUCAAACUGAUAAAUCCAAUGUUACAGUUCCAUUUUCAGAAGUUGAAGAGUCAGAGGCAGACCAAGCCUCGGAAAUUGAUGCAGUGACAGACAAAUUCAUUACUACUGUCAUUCAAUCAGAGAAUGAUAAUUUACUGGGAAUGACCAAUACCAAGACUGCCCAGGUUCAGAAGGAUGGAGCUACUCUACUCGAGCAAAUGUCAUGUGUAGAAGACUCAAUAGUUCUGCCCCAAGUCUCUGAAGAGAUUGAGAAGGAAACUUCAAGUGGCACUCUUGAGUCGACAAAAGAUUCACAGCUUUCAGUUGACAACAAAGAAACCUCAAAUUUGCAUGAUUCUAAUAAAUCAAGUCAAAUGUUUCACAAUCCAAAUGCUGAAGAGGAAGUUUCCUCAAGCUCACAAGAAAUUGAGAAAUUCGAACUUAUUUCUCCGAUUCCAGAAGAUACAACAUCAGAAGCAGUCUCAACCUUUGACAUAAGAGCUGAGGCAAAUCGGGAAGAUUCUCCAGCUAUGGAAACUGGGAAUAACAAAUUAGUGGGAGUGACCAACACUGUGCCUGCCCUGGUUGCACAGGCAGAAGUUACUCUAAAUGAUCAAGCAUCAGCUGCAGAUGACUCAAUAGUUGUGACCCAAGUUGCUGCAGGAAAUGAAGAGGAAAAUCCAAGUGAGAAUCGUCAAUCAAUGGAAGAUUUACAGCUUUCAUUUGAAGAUAAAGAAGCCUCAAACCCAUAUGAUGAUAAAUCCAAUCUCAAAGUUUCAAUUACUGAAGUGGAAGAAACAGAAGCAGUUUCCGCCUUUGAUACAGAUGCCAUGACUCAUGAGGUAAGCUCUCCAGUUAUAGAAACUAGAAAUGACGAUUCACUAGGACUGAAUGAUGAUUUACUGGCUCAGCAGGCUGAACCUACUCAGAAUGAGCAAAUGUCAACUAUAGAUGAAUCGGUGGCUGAGACACAUGAAGCCACAGGAACUAAGAAGGAAACUGUGAGUGAGACUCCUGAAUUAACUAGAGAUUUAAAUCUUUCGGUUGAACAGGAAGAAAGCUUGCGUGAAAUUGAUAAAUCUAAUAUUUCAGUUCCCAUUUCUAAAUUUGAAGAAUUGGAAGCAGCCCCAGCCUUUGAAAUGAUUGCAGUGACAGAUAAUAUCAUCAUUCCUGUUAGAGAAUCAGAGAAUAACAAUCUACUAGAAAUGAGCAACACCGAGACUGCCCUAGUUCACCAGGAUCAAGCUACUAUAUUAGAGGAAAUGUCAUGUCUAGAAGAUUCAAUGGUUGUGACCCAAGUUCCUGCAAGGAUUGGGAAGGAAGCCUCAACUGAAACUCUUGAAUCAAAAAAAGAUUUACAGCUUUCAGUUGAAGAAAAAGAAGCCUCAAGCUUUCAUGAAUCUGACAAAUCAAGUCAAACGUUUGGAACUCCAGAGGUUGAAGAGGAUGAUUCCUUGAGCUCACAAGAAACUGAGAAAUCCAAACUUCUGGUUUCUAUUCCAAAAGAUACAACAUCAGAAACAGUCUCAGCCGAUGACAUAGGUGUAGAGGCAUAUCAGGACAGUUCUCCAGCUGUGGAAACUGGAAAUAACAAAUUAAUGGGAGUGAUUAACACUGUUCCUCUCCAGGUUGCACAGGCAGAAAAUACUCUAAAUGAGCAAACCUCAUCUAAAGAUGACUCAAUUGUUGCGGCACAAGCUUCAGGGAUUGAUGAGGAAACUGCAUGUGGGACUCCUCAAACACUGCAAGAUUUGGAGCUUUCAUUUGGUGAGGAAGCAGACCCAAAAUCAUUUGAUAUCAAUAAAUUCAAUCUUGUGGUACCAAUCACGGAAGUUGAAGAAACAAAAAUAGUUUCAGCCUUUGAUAUAGUUGCCAUGACUCAUGAGGAUAGUUCUCCAGUUACAGAAACAAGGAAUGAUGAUUCACUGAGAUUUACUGACGAUUUACCGGUUCUAACCAGCCCUGGGCCUGCCUUGGUUCAGCAGUCUGAGUCUGCUCAACAUGAGCAAAUGUCGUCUAUAGAAGAGUUAGUGGUUGAGACACAUGAUGCUACAGAGAAUAAUAAGGAAACUAUGAGUGAGAUUUCUGAAUCAACUGGAGACUUAAAACUUUCUUCCGAACAGGAAGAAAGCUUGUGUGAAAUUGAUAAAUCCUAUAUUACAGCUCCAAUUCCAAAAGUUGAAGCAUUAGAGGCAGCCCCAGCCUUUGAAAUGACUGCAAUGACAGACGAUAUCAUUAUUCCUGUUGGAGAAUCAGAGAAUGAUGAUUUACUAGAAGUGAGCAACCCCGAGACUGCCCUGGUUCACCAGGAUCCGGCUACCCUUUUGGACCAAAUAUCAUGUGUAGAAGACUCAAUGGUUGUGACCAAUGUUUCUGCAGGGAUUGGGAAGGACACUUCAAGCGAGACACCAGACUCAACAAGAGAUUUACAGCUUUCAUUUGAAGAGAAAGAAGCCUCAAUCUUUUAUGAAUCUAACAAAUCAAGUCAAAUGGUUCAAAUUCUAGAAGUUGAAGAGGAAGAUACCUUGAGCUCACAUGAAACUGAUAAAUCUGAACUUCUAGUUCAGAUUCCAGAAGAUACAACACCAGGAGCACUGUCAACCAUUGACAUAGAUGCAGGAGUACAUCAGGACGAGUCUCCAUGUAUGGAAACUGAGAAUAACAAAUUAGUGGGAGUGAUCAGCACUGUCCCUGCCCUUGUUGCACAGACACAAACUACUUCUCUAAAUGAGCAAACCUCAUAUACAGAUGACUCAGUAGCUGUGACAAAUGUUGCUGCAGGAAUUGAAGAGGAAACUGCAACUGAGACUCUUCAAUCGACUGGAAAUACACAGCUUUCAUUUGCAGAGGAAGAAUCUUCACACUCAUAUGACAAUGGCAAAUCCAAUGCUGUGGUUCCAAUUCUGGAAGUAGAAGCAGCCAAAGCAGUUUCAGCCAUUGACACAUGUGCCAUGACUCAUGAGAAAAUUUCUCCUGUUAUGGAAAUCAAGAAUGAUGGUACACUGGAAUCGGCUGAUGAUUUACUGGUUCCAAUCAACACUAAGCCUGCCCCGAUUCGGCAGGCUGAAGCUACUCCACAUGAGCAAAUACCAUUGAUAGAAGAAUUGGUGGUUGAGACACAUGAUGCUACAGGGACCGAGAAGGAAACUGAGAGGGAGACUCCUGGAUCAACUAGAGAUUUACAGCUUCCAUUUGAACAGGAAGUAAGGUUGUGUGAAAUUGUUAAAUCCAAUAUUACAGUUCCAAUUCCAGAACUUGAAGCAUCAGAUGCAAACCCAGCCUUUGCAGUGAUUGCAGUGACAGAUAAUACCAUUCUUCCUGUUGGAGAAUCAGACAAUAACAAUUUACUAGAAAUGCCUGUUCCAAAAACUGCCCUAGUUCCCCAGGAUCGAGCUACUCUUUCAGACCAAACAUCAUGUGUAGAAGACUCAAUGGUUCUGACCAAUGUUUCUGCAGGGAUUGGGAAGGACACUUUGAGCAAGACUGCAGACUCAACAAGAGAUUUGCAGCUUUCAAUUGAAGAGAAAGAAACCUCAAGUGAAUCUGACAAAUCAAGUCAAAUGGUUCAAGUUCCAGAAGUUGAAGAGGAAGAUACCUUGAACUCACAUGAAAGUGAUAAAUCUGAACUUGUAGCUCGGAUUCCAGAAGAUACAACAUUAGGAUCAGUGCAAACCAUUGACAUUGCUGCAGAGGCAGAUCAGGAUGAGUCUCCAUCUAUAGAAACUGAGAAUAACAAUUUAGAGGGGGUGAUCAACACUGAGCCUGCCCUUGUUGCACAGACAGAAACUACUACUCUAAAUGAGCAAACCUCAUCUAUAGAUGACUCAGUACUUGCAACACAAGUUGCUGCAGGACAUGAAAAGGAAACUGUGACUGAGACUCCUCAAUCGAUGGGAAAUAUACCACUUUUGUUUGCAGAGGAAGAACCCUCACAAUCAUAUGACAAUGGUAAAUUCAAUGCUGCAGUUCCAGUUCUGGAAGUAGAAGCAGCAGAAGCAGUUUCAGCCAUUGACACGUGUGCCAUGACUCAUGAGAAAAGUUCUCCUGAUAUAGAAAUAAAGAAAGAUGACACACUGGAAUUGACCGAUGAUUUACUGGUUCUGACCAACACUCAGCCUGCCCUGAUUCAGCAGGCUGAAGCUACUCCACAUGAGCAUAUACAAUCGGUAGAAGAGUCAGUGGUUCAGACACAUGAUGCUACAGGGACUGAGAAGGAAACUAUGAGGGAGACUCCUGGAUCAACUAGAGAUUUACAACUUCCAUUCAAACAGGAAGAAAGAUGGUGUGAAAUUGAUAAAUCCAAUAUUACAGUUCCAAUCACAGAAGUUGAAGCACUAGAGGCAACCUCAGCCUUUGAAAUGAUUUCAGUGACAGAAAAAUACAUUAUUCCUGUUGAAGAAUUGGAGAACAAUGAUUUACUCGAAAUAAGCAACACUAAGAUUGCCCCAGUUCACCAAGAUAAAGCUACUUUUUUAGACCAAAUAUCAUGUGCAGAAGGCUCAAUGGUUGUGACCGGCGUUUCUGCAGGCAUUGAGAAGGACAAUUCAAGUAAGAUUCCUAACUCAACAAAAGAUUUACAGCUUUCGGUUGAAAAAAAAGAAGCCUCAAGCUUGUAUGAAUCUGACAAAUCAAGUCAAAUAGUUCAAAUUCCAGAAGUUGAAGAGAAUGAUACAACAUUGGGAGCAGUUUCAACCAUUGACAUAGCUGCAGAGACAGAUCGGGAUGAUUCUCCAGCUACAGAAAAUAUAGCUGCAGAGACAGAUCGGGAUGAUUCUCCGGCUACAGAAAAUGAGAAUAACAAGUUAGUGGGGGUGAUCAACAUCGUGCCUAUCCUUGUUACACAGACACAGGCUGCCCUAGAUGAUGAAACCCCAUCUAUAGAGGACUCAGUGGUUGAGACACAAGUUGCUUCAGGGAUUGAGGAGGAAAUUGUACAUGAAACUCUUCAGUCAAUGGGAAAUUUACAGCUUUCAUUUGAAGAGGAAGAAACCUCACACUCACAUGAUAUUGGUAAAUCCAAUCUUGAGGUGCCAAUUCCAGAAGUAGAAGCAACAGAAGCAGUUUCAGCCUUUGACACAGAUGCCAUAACUCAUGAGGAAGGUUUUCCUGUUAUAGAAAUCAAGAAUGAUGAUGCACUAGAAUUGACUGAUAAUUUGCUUGUUCUGACCAACACUGAGAUUGGCCUGAUUCAGCAGGCUGAAUCUACUCCAGAUGAGCAAAUACCAUCUAUAGAGGAGGCAUUGGUUGAAACACAUGAUACUACAGGAACUGCGAAAGAAACUGUGAGCGAGAUUCCUGGAUCAACUAGAGAUUUACAACUUUCAUUCAAACAGGAAGAAAGCUUGUAUGAAAUUGAUAGAUCUAAUAUUACAGUUCCUCUUCCAGAAGUUGAAGCAUCAGAGGCAUCCCCAGCCUUGAAAAUUAGCAACCCUGAGACUGCCCUGGUUCAGCAAGAUAAAGCUACUGUCUUAGACGAAAUAUCAUGUGUAGAAGACUCAAUUGUUAUGACUAAUGUUUCUGACGGGACUGGGAAGGACACUUCAAGCAAGCCUCCUGACUCAACAAGAGAUUUACAGCUUUCAGUUGAAGAAAAAGAAGAGGCCUCAAGCUUGAAUGAAUCUGACAAAUCAGGUCAAAUGGUUCAAAAUCCAGAAGCUGAUAAAUCCGAACUUAUUGAUCAGAUUUCAGAAGAUACAACGUUAAGAGUAGUGUCAACCAUUGACAUGGCUGCAGGGUCAGAUCAGAAUGAUUCUCCAGUUAUGGAAAAUGACAAUGAUGUAUUGGUGGGAGUGACCAACACUGUGCCUGCCUUCAUUACACAGACAGAAACUACUCUAAAUGAGCAAACCUCAUCUAUAGAUGACUCGGUAACUAAGACACAAGUUGCUGCAGAGAUUGAAGAGGAAACUGCAAGGGAGACUCAAUCAAUGGGAAAUUUACAGCUUUUGCUUGAAGAGGAAAAAAUCUCACACUCAUAUGAUAUUGGUAAAUCCAAUCUUGAGGUUCCAAUUCCAGAAGUAGAAGCAACAGAAGCAGUUUCGGCCUUUGACACGAUUGCCAUGACUCAUGAGGAAUGUUCUCCUGUUAUAAAAAUCAGGAAUGAUAAUACACUGGAACUGACUGAUGAUUUACUGGUUCUCACUGAGCUGGCCCUGAUUCAGCAUACUGAAGCUACCCCACAUGAGCAAAUGCCACCUAAAGAAGAGUCGUUGGUUGCGACACAUGAUGCUACAGGGACUGAGAAGGAAACUGUGAGUGAGACUCCUGGAUCAACUAGAGAUUUACAACCUCCAUUCAAACAAGAAGAAAGGUUGUGUGAAAUUGAUGAAUCCAAUAUUACAGUUCCAAUCCCAGAAGUUGAAGCAUUAGAGCCUGCCUCAACCUUUGAAAUGAUUUCAGUGACAGAUAAAACCAUUAUUCAUGUUGGAGAAUCAGAGAACAAUGAUUUACUAGAAAUGAGCAACACCGAGACUGCUCUAUUAGAGAAAAUUUCCUGUGUAGAAGACUCAAUGGUUAUGACCCAUGUUUCUGCAGGGAUUGAGAAGGACAUUUCAAGUGAGAGUCCUUACUCAACAAGAGAUUUAGAGCUUUCAGUUAAAGAGAAAGAAAUUUCAAGCUUGCAUGAAUCUGACAAAUCAAGUCAAACAGUUCAAAUUCCAGAAGACACGACAAUAGAAGCAGAGACAACCUUUGCCAUGUCUGCUGAGGUAGAUCAGAACAGUUCUCCAGAUAUGAGAACUGAAAAUAACAAAGCAGUGGAAGUGACCAAAACUGUGCCUGCCCUGGUUGCACAGGCAGAUGCUAAUCUGAAUGAACAAAUCUCAUCUAUAGAUGAUUCAAUAGUUGUGACCAAAGUUGCUUCACAGGUUGAAGAAGAAACUGCAAGUGAGACUCUUCAUUCAAAGGAAGAUUUACAGCUUUUGUUUGAAAAGAAAGAAGCUUCAAGCUCAUAUGAGAUUGAUAAAUCCAAUCUUGCAGUUCUAAUUCCAGAAGCAGUUUCAGCCUUUGAAAUGGACACCAAGGCUCAAAAGGAAAGGUCUUCAGUUAAAGAAACCAUGAAUGAUGAUCCACUGGAUUUGAUUGAUGAUUACUUGGCUAUGACCAACAUCAAGCCUACCCUUGUUCAGCAGGCUGAACCUACUUUACAUAAACAGAUGUCACCUGUAGAAGAAUCAGUUUUUGAGACACAUGAAGCUGCAGAGACUGAGAAGGAAACUGUGACUGUGAAUCCUGACUCAACAGGAGACUUACAACUUUCAUUUGAACAAGAAAAAGGCAUGUGUGAAAUUGAUAAAUCCAACAUUGCAGUUCCAAUAGCAGAAAUUGAACCAUCAGAGGCAGACCCAUUUGAAAUUGUUGCAGUAUCAGAUAAAAUCAAUAUUCCUACUAUAGAAUCAAAGAAUAAUGAUUUACUCGAAAUGACCAACAUGGAGACUGCCCUGGCUCAGCAGGAUGGCGCUACUCUAUUCAAGCAAACAUUGUGUGUAGAAGACUCAAUGGUUGUAACCUAUAUUUCUGCAGAGAUUGGAAAAGACAGUUCAAAUGAGAUUCCUGAAUCAACAAGAGAUUUACAGCUUCCAGUGGAUGAGGAAGAAAAGUCAAGCUUGCAUGAAUCUGACAAAUCAAGUCAAAUGGUUCAAAUUAAAGAAGAUGAAGAGAAAGAUGCCUCAAGCUCAUCAAAACUUAUAGUUCCGAUUCCAGAAAAUACAAAAUUUGGAGCAGUGUCAACCUCUGAAACAGGUGCAGAGGCAGAUGAGGACAGUUCUCCAGCUAUGGAAACUCAGAAUAACAAAUUAGUGGGAGUGACAAACACUGUACCUGCCCUAGUUGCACAGGCAAAAAUUACUCUAAAUGAGCAAACUUCAGAUGUAGAUGACUCAAUAGUUGUGACCAAAUUUGCUUCAGGGAUUGAAGAAGAAACUGCAAGAGAGACUCCUCAAUCGAUGGGAGAUUCGCAUCUUCUAUUUGAAGAGAAAGAAGCCUCGAACUCAUUUAAUACUGAUAAAUCCAAUCUUCUGGUUCUGAUUUCAGAAGCAGAAGCAACAGAAGGUCUGUCGACCUUUGACACAGAUGCCACGACUUGCAAGGAAAGUUCUCCAGUUAUAGAAAUCAGGAAUGAUGAUCCACUACAAUUGAUUGAUGAUUACCUGGUUCUGAACAAAACUGAGCCUGCCCUGGUUCAGCAGGCUGAAGCUACUCUGCAAGAGCAAAUGUCAUAUAUAGAAGAGCCAGUAGUUGAGACACAUAUUGCUGCAGCAACCGAAAAGGAAACUAUGACUGAGAAUUGGGAAUCAACAGGAAGUUUACAGCCUUCACUCAGAGAGGAAGAAGGCAUGUGUGAAAUCAAUAUAUCCAAUAUUGUAGUUUCUGUUCCAGAAGUUGCACCAUCCAAGGCAGCCCCAUUUGAAAUGGUUGCAGUGACAGAAAAAAUCAUUAUUCCUGUUAUAGAAUCAAAGAAUAAUGAUUUGCCAGAAAUGACCAACACAGAGACUGGCUUAAUUCAGAAGGAUGGAGCUACUCUGUCUGAGCAAAUGUCUUGUGUAGAAGAUUCAAUGGUUGUAACCCAUAUUUCUGCAGAGAUUGGGAAGGAAACAUCAAGUGAGAUUCCUGAAUCAACAAGAGAUUUACAGAUAGCAAUUAAAGAUAUAGAGGCCUCAAGCUGGCAUGAAUCUGUCAAAUCAAGUCUACAAACUCAAAUUCCAGAUGUUGAAGAGGAAGAUACCUUGAGCUCACAUGAUAUAAAUAAAUCUGAACUUAUGGUUGAAAUUCCAAAAGAUACAACAUCAGAAGCGGUCUCAACCUUCGACAUAGGUGCAGGGGCCAAUCAGGGCAGUUCUCCAGCUAUGGAAACUGAGAAUAACAAAUUAGGGGGAAUAACCAGCACUUUGCCUGCUCUGGUUGCACAGGCAGAAAUUACUCUAAAUGAGCAACCCUCAUCCAUGGAUGACUCAACAGUUGCGGCCCAUAUUGCUACAGCAAUUGAAAAGGAAAUUGCAAGUGAGACUCCUCAAUCAAUGGGAGAUUUGAGGCUUUUAUUUGAAGAGAAAGAAGCCUCAACCUCAUCUGAUAUCGAUAAAUCCAAUCUUGCAGUUUCCAUUCCAGAAAUAGGAGCAACAGAAGCAUUUUCUGCCCUUGGCAAAGGAGCCAUGAGUCCUGAGAAAAGUUCUCCAGAUAUAAAAACCAGGAAUGAUGAUCCACUGAAAUUCACUGAUGAUUCACUGGUUCUGACAAACUCCAAGCCUGCGCUAUCUCAGAAGGCUGAAGCUACUCUACAUGAGCAAACAUCAUCUGUAGAAGAGCCAGUAGUUGAGACACAUAUUGCUGCAACAACUGAGGAGGAAACUGUGACUGAGAAUCCUGAUUCAACAGGAGAUUUACAACUUUCACUCGAAAAUGAGGAAAGAUUGGGUGAAAUUGAUAAAUCCAAUGAGAAAAGUUCUCCAGUUAUAGAACCCAGAAAUGAUGAUUCAGUGGGAUUGCCCGAUGAUUUACUGGUUCUGAUCAACACCAAGGAUGCCCCAGUUCAGAAAGCUGAAGCUACUAUUCAUGAACAAAUGUUGUUGAUAGAAGACUCGGUAGUUGACAAACAUACUGCUGCAGCCACUGAGAAGGAAAUUGAGAAUGAGACUCCUGAAUCAGCAGAAGAUUUGCAACUUUUGGAGAAAGAUGGAUUGUGUGAAAUUGAUAAAUCCAAUGUUACAGUUGUAGUACCAGAAGUUGAAGCAACAGAAGCUGCCCCAGAAUCUAAUGUGCUUGCAGUCCCAGAGAUAAAUGUUGUUCCUGUUACAAAAUUGGAGAAUAAUGAUAUACUGAGAAUGACCAACACUGAAACUGCCCCAAUUCAGCUGGAUGGAGCUUCUCUACUUGAGCAAAUGUUGCAUACCGAAGACCCAAUGGUUGUAACCCAUGUUUCUGCAGGGAUUUGAAAAGAAACUUCAAUUGAGACUCUUGAAUCUGCACAAGAUUUACAGCCUUCAUUCAAAGAGAAAGAAGUCCCAGGCUUGCAUGAAUCUGACAGAUCCAAUCUAGUGGUUCAAAUUCCAGAAGUUGAAGAGAAAGAUGCCUCAAGCUCACAUAAAGUUGAAGCAGAUGAUUUUUCUAAGUUCUUCCAUUACCAACCAUGAUAAAAUAGGAUAAAGUAAAAGUCCAUAAAGAUAAGCUUGAUAAUUAGUGUCUGCAACAGGUAUCUGUAUAUAGUGCAGAUUCUUCUGAUUGCAUAGAAAUAUCUUCAAAGAUAGAAUGCAAGUCAUCCAACCCAAAGGGAUAAUGGUUUGAAGACUAUAAGCUAUAAUACCAGAGAUAUAAACCAGUUUCAAUUUGAGAAACCCAGUGAAGCACUCCUGAAAGAGAAAUCAGUGUAUCAGUUCAUGGGAUUUCGUGAAAGCAUACUAAGUUUGUGUCCUGCAAUGCUGCUCUAUCAGUCUGCUUCUCUAAACUUAAGUCCUUUAGAAUGACAGGAACGAGAAGCUGCUUAUAGCUACUCUACUGGUGUGUAUGUCCUAUUAUCUUGGUAGUAAAUAAAUAAGAAAACUGUAUAUGGUUCCAGUUUAAUGCAA